AUAGGAGGGAGAGGAAGUACUACACUCGCUACCUCUCCUCUUUUUUUCUUCAUCUUCAUUUUCACAUUGCAUUCUCUUUCACACUUUCUCUCUCUCUCCUCUGUAACAAUAAUUUAGGGUUUGAUUUUCCAUUCCCUAAUUUGAAGACAAUGUGAUUUAGUCCUUGAAUUAGGGUUCCUAACUUCAACAUUUUCCCAAUAACUUUCAAUCCAUGGGAAAUUGUUGCAGAUCUCCAGCUGCUGUUGCAAGGGAAGAUGUUAAAUCCAAACAAUCAGACAACACCAAGAGAAAAGAUAAAAAUCAUUAUAAUUCUUCUGAUAAGAAGUCAUCAUCUUCUUCAUCGAUCACCGUUUUACCUGACGUUCCUAAACAAUCAAUUGAUGAAAAUUAUUUAGUUGAUAGAGAAUUAGGACGAGGAGAAUUCGGCGUUACUUACUUGUGUAUCGAUAAAGUCACUCGAGAAUUGCUUGCCUGUAAGUCUAUUUCGAAGCGAAAACUUCGUACUGCUGUUGAUAUUGAUGAUGUUAGAAGAGAAGUUGCUAUUAUGAAACACUUGCCAAAGAGUUCCAGUAUUGUGAGUUUGAAGGAAGCUUGUGAGGAUGAUAAUGCAGUGCAUUUGGUAAUGGAGCUUUGUGAAGGUGGGGAACUUUUUGAUCGGAUCGUUGCGAGAGGACAUUACACCGAAAGAGCUGCUGCUGCUGUUACUAGAACUAUAGUUGAAGUGGUGCAACUUUGUCAUAAGCAUGGUGUUAUUCAUCGAGACUUGAAACCUGAGAAUUUUUUGUUCGCUAAUAAAAAGGAGAAUUCUCCUCUUAAAGCUAUUGAUUUUGGUCUCUCAAUUUUCUUUCGGCCAGGUGAGCGGUUCUCUGAAAUUGUUGGGAGUCCGUAUUAUAUGGCUCCCGAAGUGCUGAAGCGAAAUUAUGGUCCAGAAAUUGAUAUAUGGAGUGCAGGGGUUAUUCUGUAUAUAUUAUUGUGUGGAGUUCCUCCAUUUUGGGCAGAGUCUGAACAAGGGGUGGCACAAGCGAUUUUACGUGGUGUAAUAGAUUUCAAAAGGGAUCCAUGGCCUAAUAUUUCAGAUAGUGCUAAGAGUUUGGUUAGACAAAUGCUGGAACCUGACCCAAAGAAAAGACUAACAGCAAAACAAGUACUUGAACAUUCAUGGCUACAAAAUGCCAAAAAGGCUCCAAAUGUUCCUCUUGGAGAUGUUGUGAAAUCGAGGCUCAAGCAGUUUGCCAUGAUGAAUAGAUUCAAGAGGAAAGCUCUGAGGGUUAUUGCUGAAUUCUUGUCCGCGGAAGAAGUUGAGGAUAUCAAGGAAAUGUUUAAAAAGAUAGACACAGAUGAUGAUGGGAUCGUCACUGUUGAGGAACUAAAAGCUGGACUUCUAAAGCAUGGUUCCCUGCUUGGAGAAUCUGAUGUACAGAUGCUUAUUGAAUCUGUUGACACUUUAGGAAAAGGGACACUGGAUUAUGGAGAGUUUCUUGCUGUUUCCCUUCAUUUGCAGAAAUUUGCCAAUGAUGAGCACCUUCGGAAAGCAUUCUCCUACUUUGACAAGGAUGGAAAUGGUUAUAUUGAACCAGAAGAGCUCCAGAAUGCGUUGAUGGAAGAUGGACUGGAUGAUUGCAGUAAUGUCGCCAAUGACAUAUUCCAGGAGGUGGAUACGGACAAGGAUGGAAAAAUAAGCUUUGAAGAAUUUGUUGCAAUGAUGAAAACUGGAACCGAUUGGAGAAAGGUGUCUCGUCAUUACUCAAGAGGAAGAUUUAACAACCUAAGCAUGAAACUCUUGAAGGACGGAUCUUUGAAAUUGGGGGCCGAGUAAUAACAGGUUUAGGUUUCUGCUUGACCCCAUUUGAAUGGCCGAAUACUUGGUCAUUUGCAUAUAUUUAGACUUGUUUUCUUUAGUCAUGUAAGCAUGUCAUUGAUUUUUUGAGGGUUGCAAAUCAGAAGUCUGUCUGUAAAAUCUUAUGUCAAAUAUUGACGAUUAGAAAAUGCCUUUUUGGCAUUAGGUACAAAUGUACUAUUCUGUUCCUCUUGGUGUUAUAGCAAUGUGUAAUGUUUUUUGGUGAAGAAAAAUCAGAAAUUUAGGAUC